GCGUGGCAAGAACUAGAAGCAGCUGUCUUCUAGAGCAAAUCAAAGAGCCUAAAUAGCUUAUCGGUGAAAGCACGGCAUCAGAGAUGUGGUACAUUAUAACGACUUCUCUUUGUACAGUCCUGUUGGUAACUCUCACCAACGGUGCUUCCUUCAACAAAGACUCCGCUUUGCAGGGAAGAAAUGAACAAAGAAUUGGACCAAACAAGGGAGUUUCAAGAUUUCGCAGGUUUUUUGGGGUAUGCGGAAACCAAAUGUACAGUACAGCUAUGUUCUUGUGUUGUGAUGAUACAUUAAUCCCUAGGACAACAACAGCACGUCUCAUGUGCUGUGGUAGCGAGUCAUACAAUCCAUUAACCCAGAUGUGCUGCGACGCUAACCCACAUUCAAAGAUAGGAUUCCGGCAACCAAGCUGCUGUGGAAGUGAUCCUUAUGAUGCAAAUUACACAUUGUGUUGUGAUAAUACGCCAUUACCAAAGGUUGGAGUCCAAUCAGCCUGUUGCGGAAGUCACGUAUACGAUAUGGCUACCCAAAUAUGCUGUGAUAGCUAUGUACAAUUCAAACCAGGGAUACACUCAGUUUGCUGCGGCUCGCUAGCAUACGAUGUCAAUACUCAGCUCUGCUGCGAGGGUCUUCCUGUCCGCAAAGUAGGAAAUCACUCAGCUUGCUGUGGAAGGAUGGCAUAUGAUGUACAGAAUCAAUUGUGCUGCGAAAAUCGGGUAGUUCCCAAACCCUCACCUUACUCAGCCUGUUGCCCCGCUGAGCACUAUCCCACUUCCUACAAUACAGUUACCCAGCUUUGUUGCGCGGGUUUUGUAUAUCCAGCAUCUCCUGGCGUACGAUGUUGUGGAGCGAUGAUGUAUCACACAAGGAUGAAUAUGUGUUGCGAUGGCAGCCUCAUAUUGCCUAUAUUAGUAACGGGAUGCAGAGGAUUUGCCUGAGACCGAGCCAUCAUAAUAAUAUAAGUAUGGCUGUAAAAGCAAAAUCACAAAGGUCUCAAUGGGGUGAUGAGUUUUACGGAUUACGGUUAAUAUUUUCUCAUUGAGGUCAAAAUUUUCUAAAUAGAGAAUAAUACAUGGGCGCGCGUAGUUAUGGAAUUUCUCUUCGAGUGUUUAACACGAUAGCUCACGAGUGAGAUGUCGAGUUGUACACGAGGAGCGAAAUUUCAUAUCUACAAGCAACCAUGUAUUAUUUUGUUUAUCAUAUAAACACAAAAGCCCUUUACUGACUAGCAAAGUCAACUUUGUUAAUGAAUGAAUGAAUGAAAAAAAAAAAAAGAUUGACAAUCCCUGAAUAAAAAUCGUAAAGUGCGUUGGCGCACCUAAGAUGAAAACGUGCGUUAAAUCACUGCAAAAUAAACAAUGGCCUAAUUUUCAAUAUGCGAAUUCUCAGUUAUUGAAAUUGUACCGACAAAAGAAAUCUUUCAGGUACACGGCCAAAAUCGGCCUGUGGCAAAUCUUCUAGUUGUUGAU